GUUAUUACUGUGUAGGGAAACGGAUGUAGAGCUUUUUUCUUUUAAUAUUAUAUAUCUGGAGAAAUGUCAACACAAAAGAAGGAAGACAGAAAUGGUUGGUUUUGACGGCAAUAUUAACCCUGUUUUUCAUAUCUCAGAAUUCUGACGUUGAAUGAGGAGAAAAAUAAAAAUAGUUUCAUCCGAUUUCCUCGGCGUUAAAAGAAGAGGAAGAAAAUAAAUAAGAAAUAUGAAACCGAAGCCGAGCGAAGAGUAAAGAAACGAACGAACGAGGAUGCCGGGGGGGGUUCGGGGGAGGAGGGGGGGAGAGGUUUUUCGAAGGGGAGGAGGGGAGCUUCCAGGUAAUCGCCCAAAGCCAAUAAUUCUCCUCCCACGUGCCCACCUGUGUGUUGUUCCCCUUUUUCUUGUUGCCUUUGUUAUCCCGAACGUCAGCCUAUCAGAGGAAACCAACUCAGCUGCGCCAAACACCUCGGCUUCCGUGACGUAUGAUCACGUGAUUGAUGACGUCACGCCUGAUGAUGUCCGAAUAGCUGCACGGAUUCACGAAAAUGAACGACUUUGGUGGAGUAUUGUGAAUAACACGGCCUAUGGCGAUGGCAGAAAACUUGAUGAAGAUGAGGAUGAAGACGAAGAUGAGGAUGAAAUACCGAAGCCAAGGGCGAAGCUUCUGAAACUGAAGGCGAAAGUAGAUCGGGGCAAAGAUUCAAAUGCAAAGCCUAAAAAUGUGGACAAAAAAUGUGAUUGCGGGACGUUUUCCUUUACUUCAAAUAGAAUUAUUAAUGGCAAAGAAGCAACGAAAAAUGAAUUUCCGUUCCAGGUCUCGAUCCAAACCAAACCUUCGGGAUCUCAUUUCUGCGGGGGUUCCAUCAUCAGCUAUAAUUACGUCCUCACAGCUGCUCACUGCACGGACGGAUUAAGAGCCAGUGAUAUCCAAGUGUCAGUUGGCGAUCACGACCUGAGGGUGAGAGAGAAGACGGAGAGAGUGGUCGACGUUAAGAGCAUAAAACAACAUGGAAACUACGCCAUAACAAACAUGAACAACGAUAUCUCUCUCCUGAAACUCUCCGAAACGCUGACCUUCUCGGAGGCGGUCAGGCCAGUGUGCUUGACCCCGAAUGACCUGGUCUUCUUCAACGAAAAGGUCACCAUCAUAGGCUGGGGCAAGAAGGACGAGAAAGAUAACUUUGGGACCUCAAUCUUGAACAAAGCAGAGGUCAGAGGUCAGUUGCAGAGCGAAGUGAUCCCGAUGAAAAGCUGCCGUAAUGACUACAAAUUUUCGCCUCAAAUGAUUACUUCGAGAAUGUUCUGCGCCGCGGGGAAGAUCACUGAUGGUUGCCAGGGUGACUCCGGAGGCCCAUUAGUAUGGCAAGACGGAGAGACCAACUCGUACGUGCAAAUUGGUGUGACCAGCUGGGGCAUCGGCUGCGGGCGGGAGGACUUUCCAGGUGUUUACGUGAAACUGAUUAAAUUUCUUCAGUGGAUCUACGACCACACGAAAGACUCCGUUUUCUGUUCGUCCUUUUCGCCUACCCACGAUGUUGAAAUUUCCUCGAAAGGGAAGAAGAAAAAAAAGGAUAAUAAAGAGGGAAUGAAGAACAAGAAGAGUGGGAAUCCUUUUGGAAGGAGGAGAAGGAAGAAGAAGUGGUAUAAUUGGUGGAGGAGAAAAGGGAAUGGGGGAGAGCCCAAGCAACCGCACAGUGACAUUGUCCAUUGGAAUUUCAUUAAUAAGAGAGCAUUCUUCUUCUUGAUUGAGUCUUAG